AUGGAACACGAUCGAAAUCCGAGCAGUAGUUCAAAAAAAUCAUGUGACCUCGAGGAAGCAGCAAGACGGAGUAACAAUGCCCGAGCGAAAAUGAUGGGUUAUGAAAAAUAUGAUAUGUUUAUCAUUAAUCCAAUUUUCGGUACUGGUUUACACUAUGAUAAAAGAGUGGUACUUCAUGAAAAAUCGUCUUCGUCUUCAAGUUCGAAUACUGAAAAUUGGUCAGAAAAAUAUCCACUUCACAAAGCAGCACACGACAAUAACGUGGAAGAAAUAAGGCGAUUGUUAGCGCAAGGCUUGUCAGUGAAUGAAAAAGAUAAUGCCAUUUGGACGCCUUUGCAUUACUGUGCUUUUUACAAUAAUUUACAAGCAAUGGAAGCAUUGCUAUUACAUCAAAGCACAGAUGUGAACGCUGUUAAUAAAGCAGGCUCAACUGCAUUACAUUUUGCAGCACUGCAAGGAAAUGCUUAUAUGGUUGAAUUAUUAUUAUCACAUUCCAAGAUUAAUUUGGAUGUCUCAGAUAAUAGUGGACGACGUCCUAUUGAUAUCUGUGCAUAUGUGCCUAAAUUAGAAUAUAAAAAAGUGACUGAAAUGUUAUCGAAUUGGAAACCUCUCGAUAAAAUACAAGUAGAAUUGAUGGAUGGAGGAAAUGCCCAAUUAUUACUUCUUCAUGGAGAACAAACAACCGCUCAAGAAUUACACUCUGAGAUGUGCAAAGAACUGAAUUUCAAUACUGAUAGCGGGAAAUUAUUUGCUAUUUGGAUUUGUUCAAAUCGCUUAAGUAGGUUUGUUUAA